AUCUCCCCCAAUGUGUGUAAGUGUGUAUGUUCCAGCAUAACGUCCAACCGGCUAAAGAUAUUAACAGAAAACUUUGCACACAUGUUACUAAUAUGUCAACAACAAACAUAGGAUAGGUAAAACAGUGGCAUUUACCAUCAUCAACCAUCAUAGGCCAAUAAAGCUGAUGAUCUGGUGACAAUGGCAUCUUUUAUGGGGUGGAAUAUAUUAGGCAGCAGGACUUUCAUUAUGGAAGCCAAAGGUAAAAAGCCGAUGAAAGCCAAACAGAAGCCUCAGCAGAAAUCACCCAAGAGUGGCGCAUUUAAGAAAAACGCACUUGGUUUCAAAAAACAUGGAAAACCCACAGAACAGAGCCCAAAGGGGAAUCAAAAGCCUAUGAAGUUUGAAAAGGGAAAGAAGAAGCCUGACCAUGGAGCAAGCAAAGCUGGUGUUAAACAGUUUGCAGCAAAAAACAGAAAACAGGGCGAUAAAUUCACAAGCAAGAGGAAGCGUCAAGGAGAGGAUGAAGAGAAUGGCUCUGAUGCCAAGAAGCCAAAGUGGGAUGACUUCAAAAAGAAGAAAAAGGAGUUAAAACAGACCAGGCAGAGUAAUGAGAAAAGUAACUACGACAUCAUGUCUAAGUCCAAGCAGGUCUGGGAGAAAAUCAGAAGAAAAGAUUGUGAUGCAACAAAGAGAUCCAAACUGGUGGAAGAAUUGGAGAAGCUGCUUCAAGGGAACGUGAAAAGUAUUGCAUUUGCUCAUGAUACUACCAGAGUCAUCCAAUGUUAUGUAAAACAUGCAAAUGAGAAACAGAGGAACGCAGUCUUUGAAGAACUUAAAGAACAUAUAGUUGACUUGAGCAAGUCUAAAUAUGCCCGAAAUAUCGUGAGGAAGUUCCUUAUGUAUGGGUCAAAAUCACAAGUUGCAGAAAUAAUAAAAAGUUUUAAAGGACAAGUGAAGAAACUACUGCGGCAUUCUGAGGCUUCAUAUAUUGUGGAGUACGCAUAUAAUCACAAAGCCAUUUUGGCACAGAGGAAUAUGUUAUGUGAAGAACUGUAUGGAAACACAUUUCGCUUUUACAAGUCCACUGUUCAUCCAUCUUUAGACCAGGUGUUGGAGGCCCAGCCUGAAAAGAAGGAAUCUAUUUUGGAAGAAAUGAAAAAGAUUCUUGUACCUUUAGCACAAAAGGAAGCAGUAAUAAAGCAUUCACUGGUACAUAAGGUGUUUCUGGACUUCUUUACUCAUGCAACUUCGAAAAUAAGAUCGGAAACUAUUGAGGCCAUAAGAGAAGCUGUUGUUUAUAUGAUCCAUACACAUGAUGGUGCUCGAGUAGGAAUGCAUUGUUUAUGGCAUGGCACACCUAAGGACAGAAAAGUUUUUGCAAAAACCAUGAAGUCGUUUGUUGAAAAAAUUGCCACGGGGGAAUUUUCUCAUCUAGUUUUGCUGGCAAUGUUCGAUUGUAUUGAUGAUACAAAGCUUGUAAAACAGAUAAUCAUUUCGGAAAUGAUUAGCGCAUUGCCAAAGCUAACACAAGACAAAUAUGGGAGGAAGGUUCUGCUGUAUUUGCUGAGUGGGCGCAAUUCUGCACAUUUUGUACCUGAGAUCAUCGAACUGCUCAAGCAAGGAGAUGACAAUGCACACAGCAAAAAGGAUUCUGCAGUACGACAACGGGAGCUGCUGGAAGCUGUAUCUGGACCAUUACUAAAAUAUUUGGAAUCAAACAUACAAGACUUGGUGUUACAGAAUGCUAUGUGUACCAUGGUGACUAAUACUCUUUUAUAUGCACUGGGGGACACACAACCGAUCAUGUCUGCAAUUUCCAGUGUAGCUGCUGAAGAUUUUGUACCUGGUGGCAAAGAUGGAAAGCUUCACAUUGCCGAACACCCUGCUGGUCACCUUGUGCUGAAAUGGUUGCUGAAGCAAGAUAAGGACUUAAAAGAACAGGGUAAAGAAGGCUCUUUUGCUAGAACAUUGGUAGAACAUGUGGGCAUCAAGAACCUCAGCAGCUGGGCACAGGUGAACAGAGGUGCCAUAGUCCUUUGCUGUCUUUUACAGAGUUCAGAUGAAGAAAUUGCCACCCAAGCAAAACAAGGACUCAAGGGUAUUCUGACCAAACGAAAAAACCCCAACAACAGUAAAGCAGUCGAAGCUUUACUAGAAAACUUAAAUUCUCCCUAGGCCUUUAUUAUAUCUGCUUGGGAAAGAUUUGUAAGAAUGUU